GUUCGCCAUAUUCACUUACGUUAAUACUCUUGUCCAAAUUUGGUAGAAUUGUCUUGGGGCAUUGGAUGGGACAUAUGUGCCAGUAAAUCCCCCGGCCGCUAACAGGGCACGAUAUAGGUCGAGGAAGGAUGAGAUUGCUACAAAUGUCUUAGGUGUUUAUACCCGGGACCUUAAAUUUGUCUAUGUAUUGUCUGGUUGGGAAGGAUCGACCACAUAUUCUAGAAUCCUUGGAAAGGCCAUGGAAAGACCCCACGGUCUUAGAGUUCCCCGUGGACAUUAUUACCUUGUUGAUGCCGGCUACACCAAUGGGGACAGUUUUUUAGCACCAUACCGUGGCCAGGGGUAUCACAUUAACAUUUGGAGGCAAGGUCACAUGCCAAUAAGCAAAGAGGAGUUCUUCAACAUGAAACACUCCGCCACUAGGAAUGUCAUUGAGAGAAGCUUUGGGGUUCUCAAGAUGCGGUUUGCCAUUUUGAGAUCUCCCUCCUAUUACCUCAUAAGGACUCAAUGCCGUAUCGUGUCAGCAUGUUGUUUGCUUCAUAACCUAAUUAAGAGAGAGAUGCCGAACGAUCCCAUUGAACACGAGUACACAGUGUGGGAACGAGCACAUGUGAACGAUGUCCCUGUUGAUGAUAACAUUGCUAACGUUGAGAUUUCCAAUGAGUGGACUGCAGGGAGGGAUGCUCUAGCGGCGGCCAUGUACAACCAUUGGUUAGCCAAUGGUGGGGGACAAGUUAUGACACCCCGCUUUCCGGUGGCCGGCGGUACUGCAGAAAGUGUCCGGACAGAAGGAGGCAAGUCAUGA